AUGUUUGUGGGCGUGGUGGUGGAGAACUUCCACAAGUGCCGUCAGAACCAGGAAGUGGAAGAGGCUAAAAGGAGAGAGGAUAAACGACGGAGACGCAUGGAGAAGAAGAGGAGGGGUAAGGGAGGGAGGGAGGGAGAGAGAGAGAGGGAGGGAGGGAGAGAGCGGGAGAGAGGUCUUCUCUCAAAGUAAGUUGCUUAGAGUUGAUGAGGAACAGAUCAGGAGUAAAACAGAAUGCAAAGAAAGGAGGGAAGGAAAAAUGGAGGCAGGGAUAUAUGAGAAGAACAUCCAGAGAUAGAUCAUCAAUGAUUGUGUGAAUUGGUUAUGAGGAUUACUCUUGACAGCAGGACAUCACAGGAAUGCUUUUGAAUAGUGUACAGUAGUACUAUGUAUUAAGUACUAUGACCUGUAUUUGUCUCCCCUUACCAGACGCCCAGAAGAUCCCCUACUAUGCCAGCUACAGCUCCCUCCGCCUGUGGAUCCACACUCUGUGUACCACCUACUACCUGGACCUCUUCAUCACCUUCAUCAUCUGUAUCAACGUCAUCACCAUGUCACUGGAACACUACAGCCAGCCACGAGUAAGACUGGAGGGAGGGGUGUGUGUGGGGGGUGACAGAAAGAGAGUCUGCUUGUUUUUUCAUGUAUAUUUACCAUACAAACAACAACAGUAGAAACAGUAACCGAUAUGUGACGCCCCUCUCUCCUCGUCUUCCCAGUUCGUCCUCCCCAUCCUGCCUCUCCUCCCCACCUCCUCCCCUCUUCUCUCUCCCCCUACCCUCCCACCUCUUUCUUUCGCCCCCCCCUCCACCUCUUUCCCCAGUCCUUUCUCUCUCUCUCCCACUCCCUCCCUCCACACUCCUUCUCUCUCUAUCUCCUCCUCCGUCCACCCGUUCCCUCUCCUCCCACCUCUUUCUCCCCCUCCCACCUCUCGUCCCCCCCCUCCGUCCCCACAUCCUUCUGGUCCUGCCGCCCCCCUCCCACCCUUUCUCUCCCCCCCUCCCACCACCCCCUUCAACAUCCCUCCCUCCCUGCCCACCCCUUCUACCCCCCCACCCCACGCUUCUUGCUCUCUCCCGCUCCUAUCCCACCUUCUCUCUCCUCACCCUCCCCCCACAUCCGCUCUCUCACCCCCCUCCCACCGACUCCUCGCCCCUCCCCAACCCCCCUCGCCUCCCCCCCCUCCCACCCUCUCCUCGCUCCCCCCCACCCCUCCCAUCCCUCUCCCCCUCCCUCCCACUCCUUCUCUCUCUCCCCCUCCCUCCCACCUCCUUCUCUCUCUCCCCCCUCCCUCCCCACCUCCCUCCGUCCUCCCUCCCCCCUCCCUCCCACAUCCUUCUCGUCUCCUCCCGCCUCCUCCUCCGCCUCCUUUCCCCCGCCCCCCCCAUCCUCCUCUCUCGCCCCCCCUCCCAACAUCCUUAUCUCUUCCCUCCCCCCCUCCCUCCCCCUCCUCUCUCCUCCUCCCCACCCUCCUACCCCCCCAUCUCUCUCUCUCCCUCUCAGCUCCCUUCCCCCAACCUUGUCCCUCCAUUUCUCUCACCUCUUUCUCUUCUCCUCCCGCCCCCCUCCCUCCCACCUCCCUUCUCUCUCUACCCUCCCUCCCCCCUCCUUCUCUCUCUCCUCCUCCCUCCCACCUCCUUCCCUCUCUCUCUCUCUCUCUCUCAGUCUCUGGAUCUAGUGUUGAAGUACUGUAACUAUUUCUUCACGUCCACCUUUGUACUGGAGACCCUCCUGAAACUCACCGCCUUCGGCUUCCGACGCUUCUUUAAAGACAGGUAGUUACAGGGCCACACUGACUUACUGAAUGAACACUGUAUUCACUGCUGCACUGGGGACACACUGUGUGUGUGUGUGUGUGUGUGUGUGUGUGUGUGUGUGUGUGUGUGUGUGUGUGUGUGUGUGUGUGUGUGUGUGUGUGUCAGUCAUCUCACUGUGUAUGAUUCAUACACAGUAUAUGAUUCAGAGCUGCCCUUCUUAACCACCACUCCAUUAGAAAAGAGUUAUUCUGACUUCAAUGGUACUUCCUGGUUGUGUCAUAGCUUUACUAUAGCUGAACUAUACCUGGGAUACUCUAUGUAUAGUCAAAGACAGAUACUACUGAUCUACUGAAUAAACACUAUACACACUGCUACACUGGGGACACUGUGUGUGUUUCUCACUCUGUGUGAUUCAUAGUAGUAAUGCCAUAGCCGUAAUAUAACUAGGAUGCUCUCUCUAUACUAAAAGACAGGUACUAGUGAGUGGACUGAAUUAAUCCUAUACGCUACACUGGGGACACUGUGUGUGUCAUCUCACUGUAUGGUUCAUAGUGUUAGCUGUACUGUUGGUAGUUAGGGUUAAGGUUAGGUUUAAAGGUCAGGGUUAAGAUUAGGUUUAAAGGCUGUGCCAGCUAGUGACCACUCUGCAGAGCUGCCUCCCGAACAAUAUUCAUGAUGCUAAUCUGCUAGUCUUGCACUGUGUGUAGAUGUAUCAUUGUCCAUUUCUUCAGAUGCAGAAGAGCUAUAGUUAGUACACUCCUCUAUCCUCAUCUCUGGCCCAUUCCUGACCCAUGGUCUCAAUCAGGAAACAGAGAAAUCACAGAAGAAUCUCUCUGCCUCCAUACAGUCCAAUAUCUCACCCACACUGUGAGCAAUAUGGUGGAGCAGUGAUUUCUCCCAUUCUAUUAUUACUGUUAUUAAUUUAAUUACACCCACAUUACUGUUAACAGGACUCAGAUCAACCCACUCACAGAUACAUCACGAGAGCAUCACCAGAGCCAUUCCUACUCAUUCUCUUUCUCUAAUUGUUUUCCCAUUCAACAUAAUGGGUUAGUGAUGAAGCAGAUAGAUUGUGGUCGAUGUUGGAUAUCCAUUCAUUUCAUUGACUCAGUAAUGGCUGGUGCUGAACUGCUGCUGCUGUUGACAACACAUACACUUUGAAGAUGUUGAUGCGAACAUAACACAAACAUUUACCUGGUGCUUUAAUGGUAUUGACCCAUUUUUCUAUGAUGGAGGCAGAGAAAGAGGGAGGGGGGGGGUAUGAGAGAUAGAGGGGGUAGAAUAGAGAGAGGGGGGUUGGAAGAGAGAGAGAGAGAGAGAGAGAGAUGUAUGUUAGUGUGAUUGGGCAGCACCUUGUCUCUUUUCUGUGACAUCAGUGCUGUCUGGCAGGACAGUCUCUCUGCAUAAUCAGAUUUAGGGAUCUGAGUUUUCUCAGCGUGUCUUAAACUGGGUCAUAGUGGAGAAGCAGGCAGGUGGAAACAGACUGGGUUACUGGGUACACACACACACAUAUACACGCACCACACACACACACACACAAACACACACAACACACACAUGCGCGCGCACACACACACACAAGCCAGUACCUGUACAGUACAUGAAUGACCCUGAUGGAACAUGACUUCCAGUGUGACUACCCUUUGCUCUCUGACCCUGUGUGUAGGUGGAACCAGUUGGAUCUGGCCAUCGUGUUGCUGUCAGUGAUGGGCAUCACUCUGGAAGAGAUCGACUACAGCGCUUCUCUCCCCAUCAACCCUACCAUCAUACGCAUCAUGAGGGUGUUGAGGAUCGCACGAGGUAAUGCACGCAUGAAUGCACCCUGGCACAUACACACACACACACGGACACAUACACACACACACACACACACAGACAGACAGACAGACACACACAUGCAGACACACACACACACACAGUACAACACCUUUCCUGCUCACCCCCCUCUGAAAUCUAUGGGUAGCAUGCGCACACCCAGCGUACAGACCCAGUGUACAGACCCAUACAGACCCAGUGUACAGACCCAGUGUACAGACCCAGUGUACAGACCCAUACAGACCCAGUGUACAACAUAGGAUCACUGCUUCAUCAUUAUCCUACCAAAGCUACAGCUCAUGACUAAUGGUUGGGACAGUGAGAGAGCCAUGAGAGAGUGUGAUAGUGUGUGUGUAUGAACGUGUCUGUGAGAGUGUGUGUGCUGGGUAUAAAUGUAGCUGUGACCUUUCAGAGGCUGGAUGUUUCCCGUUUAGUCCAGAAUUGAACCGGAGGGAAUUCCCUAAAUGCCCAGCAUUUAUAAUCUCCCCCUCCAGUUCUCCUCUCCCCAGCCCUCAUCAUAACCUUUAUAUCUAUCUAUCUAUCUAUCUAUCUAUCUAUCUAUCUAUCUAUCUAUCUAUCUCUCUCUCUCUCUCUCUCUCUCUCUCUCUCUCUCUCUCUCUCUCUCUCUCUCUCUCUCUCUCGCUCUCGCUCUCGCUCUCGCUCUCGCUCUCGCUCUCGCUCUCGCUCUCGCUCUCGCUCUCGCUCUCUCACUCUCACUCUCACUCUCACUCUCUCUCUCUCUUCUCUCCAUCCCAGUUCUGAAGCUGCUGAAGAUGGCUAAAGGAAUGAGAGCUCUGCUGGAUACGGUGGUCCAAGCCCUACCACAGGUGCAAACAAACACACACACACACACACACACAGACAAAUGUUGAAUGAGCCAAUGCUAUGACACUCUGCCUGCAGUUCUUAGUCAACACAGCCCAAAACAGCCCCCCUCCCCCCACACACUGCCCUGGGAAUCCAUCCUAAAUUUGAGGCCUGAGGGAGAGAGAGGCAGUAUGAAAAGGGAGAGCCAAACUGCAGCCAGGCCAGGCAGAUCAAUGACCAGGAAUAUGUGGCCUCUCUCUAGCUCUCUGGGCAGUGCUAAUUGGUGACUCAGACUGGCCACACUGGCACACACACACACACAGAAACAAACGCACAUGUGCACACGCGCACACACACAAACACAAACACACACACACACACACACACACACACACACACACACAGAGCUCCUAUGCUAUGAUGAGCGCGGACGAACAGAGGGGCUGAUUGAAUGAUUAUGUUCAGUGGGAGAAACUGAACAGAAAAUUAACAAGCAUUUUUAUCUGUUUUUCAACAAGCUAUUCUACUACCAAGGAUUAUUAUGUAGAUGAUGGCAGCUGCAAACAAUCAAACAAUCAAAUGAGAUGAUGAUGAUCUUCAAACAGUAGCUAUAUCUCUGCACAUAAUGCGAACAGUGUGUGCUUUCAGGACCAUGGAGAGUGCUCUGGGAAAAGACUGUAUUCAUAAAGAGUGUCAGAGUAGGAGUGCUGAUCUAGAAGGAUAAACUGAUCCUACAUCAGUACUCCUAUUCUGAGACACUUUAUGAAUACCACCCUGGUCUAGAAACAACCCCUAGGCCCUAACCACUACUGCCUAGGCACCUCAUGUACAGUGAGGGAAAAAAGUAUUUGAUCCCCUGCUGAUUUUGUACAUUUGCCCACUGACAAAGACAUGAUCAGUCUAUCAUUUUAAUGCUAGGUUUAUUUGAACAGUGAGAGACAGAAUAACAACAAAAAAUUCCAGAAAAACGCAUGUCAAAAAUGUUAUUAAUUGAUUUGCAUUUUAAUGAGGGAAAUAAGUAUUUGACCCCUCUGCAAAACAUGACUUAGUACUUGGUGGCAAAUCCCUUGUUGGCAAUCACAGAGGUCAGACGUUUCUUGUAGUUGGCCACCAGGUUUGCACCAAUCUCAGGAGGGAUUUUGUUCCACUCCUCUUUGCAGAUCUUCUCCAAGUCAUUAAGGUUUCGAGGCUGAUGUUUGGCAACUCAAAUCUUCAGCUCCCUCCACAGAUUUUCUAUGGGAUUAAGGUCUGGAGACUGGCUAGGCCACUCCAGGACCUUAAUGUGCUUCUUCUUGAGCCACUCCUUUGUUGCCUUGGCCGUGUGUUUUGGGUCAUUGUCAUGCUGGAAUACCCAUCCACGACCCAUUUCCAAUGCCCUGGCUGAGAGAAGGAGGUUCUCACCCAAGAUUUGACGGUACAUGGCCCCGUCCAUCGUCCCUUUGAUGCGGUGAAGUUGUCCUGUCCCCUUAGCAGAAAAACACCCCCAAAACAUAAUGUUUCCACCUCCAUGUUUGACGGUGAGGAUGGUGUUCUUGGGGUCAUAGGCAGCAUUCCUCCUCCUCCAAACACGGCGAGUUGAGUUGAUGCCAAAGAGCUCCAUUUUGGUCUCAUCUGACCACAACACUUUCACCCAGUUCUCCUCUGAAUCAUUCAGAUGUUCAUUGGCAAACUUCAGACGGGCAUGUAUAUGUGCUUUCUUGAGCAGGGGGACCUUGCGGGCGCUGCAGGAUUUCAAUCCUUCACGGCGUAGUGUGUUACCAAUUAUUUUCUUUGUGACUAUGGUCCCAGCUGCCUUGAGAUCAUUGACAAGAUCCUCCCGUGUAGUUCUGGGCUGAUUCCUCACCGUUCUCAUGAUCAUUGCAACUCCACGAGGUGAUAUCUUGCAUGGAGCCCCAGGCCGAGGGAGAUUGACAGUUAUUUUGUGUUUCUUCCAUUUGCGAAUAAUCGCACCAACUGUAGUCACCUUCUCACCAAGCUGCUUGGCGAUGGACUUGUAGCCCAGUCCAGCCUUGUGUAGGUCUACAAUCUUGUCCCUGACAUCCUUGGAAAGCUCUUUGGUCUUGGCCAUGGUGGAGAGUUUGGAAUCUGAUUGAUUGAUUGCUUCUGUGGACAGGUGUCUUUUAUACAGGUAACACGCUGAGAUUAGGAGCACUCCCUUUAAGAGUGUGCUCCUAAUCUCAGCUCGUUACCUGUAUAAAAGACACCUGGGAGCCAGAAAUCUUUCUGAUUGAGAGGGGGUCAAAUACUUAUUUCCCUCAUUAAAAUGCAAAUCAAUUUAUAACAUUUUUGACAUGCGCUUUUCUGGAUUUUUUUGUUGUUAUUCUGUCUCUCACUGUUCAAAUAAACCUACCAUUAAAAUUAUAGACUGAUCAUUUCUUUGUCAGUGGGCAAACGUACAAAAUCAGCAGGGGAUCAAAUACUUUUUCCCCUCACUGUAGAUGUGAAAGGAUUUGACAGGUUUAUCAUGCAAUAUGGAAGUAGCUCAACCUUUCACUCUAAUAUGCUUGUAUGGAGUUUGACCAUAUUGCAUACACCUAUCAUAUCCUUUCUGAUCUCUACAAGUGGCUAGGGGUUGUUUCUGGCUGGGAUACACUGAUAUUAUACCUCUACUACAUUAAGAAAUGUAGUGUGGUUAUUAGAUCUGGUUGGGUUAGAAUGACAUGACUCCUUUUCCUAAUAAGGUUUGGACCAGACCACACUAUUCCCACAGAGAAAGAGAGAAAUGAAGAGUGUGUGAGAGAGAGAGGGGUAGAGAGUGAGUGAAAGAGAGCAGGCAGGGAGAACAGGCGAUGAGGAGGAAGGAGUGUAGGGAAGACUGAGGUAAGGCAGAACAGAUCUCCUCUCCUCCGCUGCUAUCGAUCCCUUUCUCAUUAACACAGGGCCCUGGGUGAUCUCCCCAAGGGCAUCAGGCAGGUAAUUAACACCAAAGUGAUUAAAGAGGUGUAUGUCAGUGUGUGUGUGUGUGUUUGUAUCCUUAAAUGUGUGUGUGUGUGUGUGUGUGUGUGUGUGUGUUUGUGUUUGUGUGUUUGUGUGUGUGUGGGAUGAGAGGAGACAAUGAGUCUGCCAUAGUUACAUCUUGAGAAGGAGGUGAAAAAUCGCCUGCCACGGUAGUGUUACACACUGUCAAGACUGAGUGUAAUGGUGUUACAUGGAGAAGCCCCUGACAGAUGUUAGCUAGCUAGCUGAAGCUAACACUCUCAAACACAUUACGACCGACGCCAUCUCUUAACACAGGAUAAAAUAAAGUCAUAAAGUCACAUUAUCCAACUAGAAUCCACCAUUAUCCCAUUUCUCCCCCACUGAGCUAAAAUGGCUUCCAUGUGCUGUUCACUAGCUGGUAAUGGUGUGGUUCAGUCACAUCACAUCAUCACUAAAGCCAGUUGUUUUAUCUCCUCCAGGGGCUGGAUGAUAAACUUCAGGCAACGCUGCUUGAAUAUCACCAUUUCUGCUUUCAAAAAGCUCAUUACGAGUGCUCACAGCGACAUCUUAUACAAUUCUCUUAGCUACUGCAGUUAGCUAAUUUUUGUUUAUCCCAGUAAUUCUACAUAGAUUUCUUGAUGUGUAAAAGUUUUUUUCUGGGUUUGCAUCUAUGGCCACAGCCACUAUUCGCUAGCUAACAUUAGCAUCAGGGACCAAAACACAGUAAAAGUGAAUGGAUCCUGGCUAGCAUAGCAUGCUCUUAGCUACCUGCACAAAUCAAAGUAACUUCAAGACUCACUUAGCACUGACCCAGGUUUCACCCGGUAUAAAUUCCCCAUUUGUUUGUCUCUUGCUUGCUUGGAUCACCCCUUAUAAACACGUCAUUAAGAAUCACAGAUCAUUAAACUGAUCUAAAUGGAAUAGUGCUAUUUUCAGAGAAGUGCUUAAAUCAUCCCCAGUAGUGUAAGAUCUACGGUCUCCCUGUUAGAUACAUCACUAAUCAACUGUGACACAGGUAGCUGGGGAGAGCUUGCAUUUGUCCUGGCCCAAAGGGAACUCGGUAUCAUACUGAGACAGUCUGAUGAGAGACUGAGACUGACAGUAUGACAAACAAAGUCUGGAUCUAAAGUGCUUUAGAGAUUUUUUAUAGAACUGUUAUGUCACUACAUCAUUUCUACAUAACUUAGACAUUGGUGACCUGGGGCAUGCUCAGUAGACCCAAAUGGGAGAAAAUCUUUUGAAUUGGAGGUAUUACCACCUGAACUUGUCCACUAAGAACACUCACUUUCCUUUGUUAGUUUCAAAAAGUUUCCCAAACGUUCAGAACCUACUGAACACGACCUUGGUCUUUAACCCUCACUAACACUCCUAUCUUAAUAAACCUGGGUUGUGUUCAUCUGUGAAAAACAGCUUCACGUCUGUGACUGUUUAUCUUGCAAUUUGUUUGGAGCCAGCCUGCUAGAGGCUAGAACAGGCUAGAUCUGGAUAGAUCUGGAUAGAUCUGGAUAGAGCAGGCUAGAUCAGGCUAGUAGAGCCUCCUCCCCCAGGGGACCGGCCCAGAAAGAGCCGUGUGCUGGCUGCUGUGACAUUGACUCUGUAAGGUUACAUCUCACAAAUGGGAUAGUGUUUUCUGAUCAUAUUUACUACAUAACUUCUAUUAUGCAGUCCCAUUCAGCAGACAUUUACAUUUACAUUUUAGUCAUUUAGCAGACGCUCUUAUCCAGAGCGACUUACAGUUAGUGAGUGCAUAAAUUUUUUAUACUGGCCCCCCGUGGGACAGAGAGGGAUCUACUUCUGUGUGUCCUGGGUGGCUUCCAACUACACAGUCACAACAACAGAGUAAGGUUACGCCACUGACAACUUUCCCAAUUCCCUCCUCAGGCUCCUCUUGAGGAUUCUGAUACGGUGUAGGACUUAGGCUUUGGUAGUGCACCAAAUGUCUAGCUUUCACUACACCUUUAUGGUAGCAGGGCUGCCCAAGCAAAAGGCAGAACAACUAGCAAAUUAUGCUUCUAUUGAGGAUUCUGAUACGGUAGAGACUGUGGCACAACAUGGAUGCUGGGACCAAUAGGUUUUGUUGCUUGGUGAAAGGCAAGGCCAAAACACCCGCUGUUCUUUCAGUGGGAUGCAAUGUUCAGAACGUUUGCAUAAAAAAAAUAUGAUUUGAUGCCUCUAGGUCAAUUCAGAUUCACAUUUUUUGUUUUCUAUGAUUGUGUUUUGUAUCUUUGUUUUGCUUUUCGUGGUGUAUUUGAUGUGUAUAUUUUUGUAAUUACAGGGCUCAUCUGUAAAAGAGACCUUGGGCUCAGCAUGACUCCCAGUCAAAAUAAAGGUUCAUUACGAAGAGAAUGUGUAGAGCAGAAACAGUUCCUAACACAGUUCCUAUGUGUGUUUCAGGUGGGGAACCUGGGCCUGCUCUUCAUGCUCCUGUUCUUCAUCUAUGCAGCACUGGGGGUGGAGCUGUUUGGAGAACUGGGUGAGUUGGUAGUGAUGGGCUGGAACAAAACCCUGCAUCCCCAAUGGCGCGCCACGUUCAGAGUUGUACAUAUCCAAUCCUGUUAGAUUACAGACAGAGAGCCAAGACAAAAAUAGAAAGGAACUUCUAGUAAAGUAUCUGGACGCAGCCAGAGCUAAGAAGUAUCAUGGAGACUAGGCAGGAGAAACAAUAACACAGCAGCUAGGCCUGUCUUCAAACUGUCACACUCUCUCUAUGUACUCUAGUCAUGUCUGCUGGAGGUUAUCUCUCAUCCCAUCAGUCUUCAGCAAAGGAUUAGAGCCAAAUGCAACUGUACUAAGGAGAGAGAUGGGUAAACAAUCAGCCAAGACAGCUUAAAGACCACGAGCAAACAAAAACGUCUGCUGUUGUUGGUUGUUGGUUUCUAAGAGGACUGAACAGAUAAAUGUUCUCUAUAUAAACUGUUUGUUUCUCUUCAUGUAUCUUUAUCUCUCUCUGUAUCUAUCUUUCUCUAUUUGUUUCUCUCUCCCCUUCUCUUUCCCUCUCCCCUACAUCCCCGUCCCUCCAUCCCUCCCUCCCUCCUCCCCAUCCCUCCCCCCAUCCCUCCCUCCCUCCCCCCAUCCCUCCCUCCCUACUCUCCUCUCCCAGUGUGUAACGAGGACUACCCGUGUGAGGGGAUGAGCCGCCAUGCUACCUUUGAGAACUUUGGCAUGGCCUUCCUCACCCUGUUCCAGGUCUCCACUGGGGACAACUGGAAUGGAAUCAUGAAGGUAUGAAUGGACUUCUACAUGGUGUUCUAUGGAGUGCUUAUUACAAUAAAUGGAGACAGUUGAUCAUCUAAUACUUUAAUCCAGAAUUACUUCGAUUACUAUGUUUCAAUGUGUUGCUAUUUGGGCUGUAUUAUUCAGUUCUCAUUUUGAUGUCUGUGGUUGGUAUUUGGUGCCUGGCUUUUUAGCUGCAGAGAAGAAUGUAUCCAGGCUCUGUCGCAGCCGGCCGCGACCGGGAGACUCAUGGGCGGCGCACAAUUGGCCCAGUGUCGUCCAGGGUAGGGGAGGGAAUGGCCGGCAGGGAUGUAGCUCAGUUGAUAGAGCAUGGCGUUUGCAACGCCAGGGUUGUGGGUUCGCUUCCCACGGGGGGCCAGUAUAAAAAAUAUAUAUAUAUAUAUAUGUAUUCACUAACUGUAAGUCGCUCUGGAUAAGAGCGUCUGCUAAAUGACUAAGAUGUAAAUGUAAAUGUAAUGUCAUUUCAGAAUAAUUACAAGCCUAUGUCCUGCUGCCUAAGAAGACCAUUGCUGUUACAGGAAAACUUACCCAACUUUCCCUCAGUUUAUCCUAACCUUGAGGGAGAGGAAAACUCAAAACUGGCCUUAGAUCAGCAUCAAGUGGCAACUCCUCCUACUCCCUAGCUGGAGAGGAAGGAAGGAGAGUAAAAGAGUGAACUUUAACAUAACCGUCAGCGCCCGGGACCUCCUGCUCCCUUUCUUUUCAUAUCCUCUGCUCCUUGAGCGCUACCAUACCUAUUAAUGACGCGUGGAAAGUUCCAGCUCAGCAUAUAUUCUCUGUUUAGAUUGCCUUUUAAAUAGGCGAAUGGUCCCAUUCCCGCUUCACAGUGUGACAGGGGCGCACCAUAAGAACACCUCCUCAGUGGUUUGUAGAGGUACGGGGGGGUUCUCAGCUGAAGCAGUGAACUGUAAUCACCUCUCUUAGAUUACUACUGAUGAGACCACGUGAGCUUUCACUGCCUUUUACCUGGAGAUGUGUUGGAUGUAAACUGCCUGGAACGAGGAGGGGAAAGAGAGAAAGAGAGUGAAUCACCACUGUACUGACUAGAGAGGGGAGGGAGGGAGGGAGGGAGGGAGGGAGGGAGGGAGGGAGGGAGGGAGGGAGGGAGGGAGGGAGGGAGGGAGGGAGGGAGGGAGGAAACACUUGAGACUACACGGUGAAAAGGUCAAACCAAAUGAGAGAGAGAGAGGAGACUAGAAUUAGCUCAUGUCUGGAUGUCUUACAGUUAUGGUGUGACAGGUCAAUUUGCUCACAAAAGUCUUACAUUGAUAUCUUUGUUUCAAGUUGGAAUGCUUAACUCUUGUUCAUGUAUUUGUUCAAUAAAACUUGUUGAAUCUGUAUAGUCCAGUAUAGUCCCUGUACAGUGGCUUGCGAAAGUAUUCACCCCCCUUGGCAUUUUUCCUAUUUUGUUGCCUUACAACCUGGAAUUAAAAUUGAUUGGGGGGUUUGUAUCACUUGAUUUACACUUUGAAGAUGUAAAAAAUAUUUUUUAUUGUGAAACAAACAAGAAAUAAGACAAAUAAACAGAACUUGAGCGUGCAUAACUAUUCACCCUCCCAAAGUCAAUACUUUGUAGAGCCACCUUUUGCAGCAAUUACAGCUGCAAGUCUCUUGCGGUAUGUCUCUAUAAGCUUGGCACAUCUAGCCACUGGGAAUUUUGCCCAUUCUACAAGGCAAAACUGCUCCAGCUCCUUCAAGUUGGAUGGGUUCCGCUGGUGUACAGCAAUCUUUAAGUCAUACCACAGAUUCUCAAUUGGAUUGAGGUCUGGGCUUUGACUAGGCCAUUCCAAGACAUUUAAAUAUUUCCCCUUAAACCACUCAAGUGUUGCUUUAGCAGUAUGCUUAGUGUCAUUGUCCUGCUGGAAGGUGAACCUCCGUCCCAGUCUCAAAUCUCUGGAAGACUCAAACAGGUUUUCCUCAAGAAUUUAGCGCCAUCCAUCAUUCCUUCAAUUCUGACCAGUUUCCCAGUCC